ACGUCUUAGGUAUCGGAGGCGGACGAGAAGUGCGGAGCGGUGCUAAGUAGUGAGCGCGAAUGCCACUUCGGUCUUCGUUGGUGUAGGUUGUUCUGCAAAGAUUCUCCAAUUCAACUUGAAGCUAAUACAAUUUCAUUUGAUGAUACUCAAUCAUAUCUUUCUGAUCUACUACUUUUUGGCAAGUAGAAUAAACAUAAAAACGCGUGUAAAAGAAACCGUUGUGAUAGUUUCGAAGUCACUAUGACCUGUUCUUGGUGGAACUCAGGUUGGCUGCUGGGGUUGUUGCUGCUCGCGUUUGAGCUGCAGUUCAUGGCCGCCACACCGUCACCAAUGAGCCUAGCCAAUUUCCUCCUCGCCCUGCGAGAGGGCCCGGUGGUGCUGCCCCAGAUGUCGCAGCUCAGUCACUUCAGGACGUUCUCCUGCACCAGCAGGCGAGACGGCGCCUACCCUGACCUACAGUCCUCCUGCACCGCCUACUUCAGGUGCCUGGGAGGCAGCGUGUUCUCGUACGUGUGUCCAGUCGGUCAGAAAUUUGACCGAGAAGAACAAGAAUGCAAGCCCGCGCGGUCUGUGUCGUGUCCGGCGCUCUUUCCGCACACCCGGAAAUGUCGCAAUCAAACAGAUGGAUUUUAUCCGGAUUACGCGGAUGGAUGCAGAUCCUACUAUCGGUGUCACGACGACGAAGUUGUGGCCACAGGCCGCUGUGACCGCGGGACGCUGUGGGACUUCGCCACAUCCUCGUGUGGGUCGAGCCUGAGGACCACUUGCUCCCCCCCAUCCUGCUGGGGACUGCCGGACGGUCCCCACCCGGUCGAGGGGUCGGGGUGCACGGCUUACUUCACCUGCAAGGAUGGUCUCAGGACUGAUAAUAUUUGUCCCAGUGGCACCAUCUUCGAUUACAUGGAAAAGGUAUGCGUGAGCAGCUCACGCAGCGUGUGCUACGAGCGCGUGUGCGAGGGCCGGCAGAACGGCAAGCAUGCGAUGCCACGAGCGCCAUGCCACGCGUACUUCAGAUGCUUCAACGCUGCCCUGGUCCAGGUCGAAGUGUGUCCAGCACGCCACAUCUUUGAUGGUUACGAGUGCGUCAGGGCAGGGAACUUCUCGUGCUGGACCGAGAACAACGUGUCGUGUGCCGAGAGACCGGAUGGGGUUUACUCUGGGGACGACAAAGAAUGUCGUGGGUUCUUCCUCUGCCGCCAAAAUAGACUCGUCAAGAGUUUCAAGUGUGCUUCGGGACUGGUGUUUAAUGGAGAAAAUUGCGUUGACAGUCAGAACUACAUUUGUUCGUCCAGACCCAAAGUUCCUGACUGCAGCAACAAGCUUGAUGGCUACUACAUAACUGAUAAGUCUAACUGUCGGGCUUUUUACUACUGCAGGGAAGGUUCUAAACUCAGCGAUCACAACUGCCCUGGAAAUUAUGUCUUCAAUGGAGAGCAUUGUACCGAUCCUCAAAACUUCUCCUGUUAGCCACAGCAUUUUACAAGUAAUGGAUUGAAAUCAGGAUGAUGAGACUGAGGUCUCAUUAGCGAUAAGAAAAUGCUUCUCAAUCCCAGCCCUCAUGAAUUGAUUUAGUCCAAAGUUAUAAAUUACUCACAGGGAAGAUUCCUGAAUUCGGAAGAAUUACAGUACGCCGGCAGCAAAACGUUUGUUACUAUCUUCCGAAUUAGAUCUUGAAGAAACGUUUACCCAACUUCGAACAAAAGAAGGUUUUUGGUAAUGGUCUUUCGUUCCUCAAAAUUUCGAAGUUUGACACCGCUUUUGCUUCUAACAAAUUCUCGAAUAAUGGAAUGUAGGUAUAUUUAGCUCUAAUGAUGGCGUACCAUGAUUGCUCGAGUUAUCACUCGUAUGUAACUGUAGAAAUUUUUUGAUUUCUCGUUUAGAGUUGUGUCCCUGUAAGGGAGUUAUGUGGUUUAAAAACGAAAAAUCAACCGUUGGAUUUUCCUCACAUAUAUUCUCAUAAUUAGUGCAUAAGGAAAUUGUUUUUACUCUGUUGGGUGCUUGGUUUUGACGGCCACGGCCACGGGUGUAUGCAGUUAGCAUACUCAGGUUAGUUUGUAUAGUACAAGCUUUAAAUUGUAGGCAGUUAUUCUGCCAGUUGAGGCGUUAGAAUUCCACUUAUCUAUGAUACUUUGAAUAGUACUUUCUAUGAAAGUUACCUUAACUUGUGCAAAUGUUCAAGUUAUUUAGGCUUACAUAGGAGGACAUACUUAAUUUCUGCUAUUUUUAUCCUUAUUACAUGUAAUCAAUAAGUUAUAACACAAUUAAUCCAACUUAAA